CAGUCGGGCCGCUCGGCUUCUAGGGAGGCUCUCUGCAAUAGGUGCCCGGCCCAGCUUUUUUUCAAAAUGUCUACUGUCCACGAAAUCCUGUGCAAGCUCAGCUUGGAGGGUGAUCAUUCUACACCCCCAAGUGCCUAUGGGUCGGUCAAACCCUACACCAACUUCGACGCCGAGAGGGAUGCUUUGAACAUUGAAACAGCAAUCAAGACCAAAGGCGUGGACGAGGUCACCAUUGUCAACAUUCUGACUAACCGCAGCAAUGCACAGAGGCAGGACAUUGCCUUCGCCUACCAGAGGAGGACCAAAAAGGAACUGCCAUCGGCGAUGAAGUCGGCCUUGUCUGGUCACCUGGAGACGGUGAUGUUAGGCCUGUUGAAGACACCUGCUCAGUACGAUGCCUCUGAGCUCAAAGCCUCCAUGAAGGGCCUGGGGACUGAUGAGGACUCCCUCAUCGAGAUCAUCUGCUCAAGAACCAACCAGGAGCUGCAGGAGAUUAACCGAGUGUAUAAGGAAAUGUACAAGACCGAUCUGGAGAAGGACAUUGUCUCUGACACAUCUGGAGAAUUCCGAAAGCUGUUGGUCGCCCUUGCAAAGGGCAAACGAGCAGAGGAUGGCUCUGUUAUUGACUACGAGCUGAUUGACCAGGAUGCCCGGGAGCUCUAUGAUGCUGGGGUGAAGAGGAAAGGAACCGACGUCCCCAAGUGGAUCAGCAUCAUGACUGAGCGCAGUGUGUGCCACCUCCAGAAAGUGUUCGAAAGGUACAAGAGCUACAGUCCUUAUGACAUGCUGGAGAGCAUCAAGAAAGAGGUCAAAGGAGACCUGGAGAACGCCUUCCUGAACCUGGUUCAGUGCAUUCAGAACAAGCCCCUGUACUUUGCUGACCGGCUGUAUGACUCCAUGAAGGGCAAGGGGACUCGAGACAAGGUCCUGAUUAGAAUCAUGGUCUCUCGCAGUGAAGUGGACAUGUUGAAAAUCAGAUCUGAAUUCAAGAGGAAAUAUGGCAAAUCCCUGUACUACUUCAUCCAGCAAGACACUAAGGGUGACUACCAGAAGGCGCUGCUGUACCUGUGUGGUGGGGACGACUGAAGGGCUUGGCACGGUGGAUCGCCCAGAAGUGGCCCAACCUAAUGUUCUAGAGAAUCAGCCUGCCACUAACGGACCCCUGAGCUCCUCCCUGUGAAGAUGACGAUAGGGCUGCCGACCCAUCCCCCAUCUUAGCUGCCUUUGCCUGGCUUUCCCCUCAUUCUCUCCUUUACGCCAAAGAAAUAAGCAUUCCAGGGAGUUGGACGUACUGUCUGUGACAUGAGACACUUCCUCAUAUGUACUGUGUCGUGAAUAAACCAUUUUUACUUUAGAAACAA